GCCGUCAGAGACCGCGUUGCAAGGAGUUUGCGGGAUGUCGACGCGGCCAAAGACCGGCCAGAGAAUCGCGAGCAAGCUUCGGGCUCCGUACAGUCCGCCCCAUCGCGCUUGCCGGAAAGAUCUAGCGGCCCUCUGCCACUGCAGUUGGCCUUACGGUGGGGUAGCGUUUCACGCUCCUUUCUUUAUUCCUUGACCAGUCGUGUCCCACUAGUCUAGAGGGAACUAGGGAGGGGCAACAGAGAAAUGCAGACUUCCUCGCUUCUUGGCCGGCGCACGGCCCACCCGGCUGCGGGCGCGACGCCCAAGCCGGUUGCGCCCUCGCCCCGCGUGGCUAGCACCCGCCAGGUCGCGUGCAAUGUGGCGACUGGACCCCGGCCGCCCAUGACCACCUUCACCGGUGGCAACAAGGGCCCUGCUAAGCAGCAGGUGUCGCUGGAUCUGCGCGACGAGGGCGCUGGCAUGUUCACCAGCACCAGCCCGGAGAUGCGCCGUGUCGUCCCUGACGAUGUGAAGGGUCGCGUUAAGGUGAAGGUUGUGUACGUGGUGCUGGAGGCCCAGUACCAGUCGGCCAUCAGCGCUGCGGUGAAGAACAUCAACGCCAAGAACUCCAAGGUGUGCUUCGAGGUGGUGGGCUACCUGCUGGAGGAGCUGCGUGACCAGAAGAACCUCGAUAUGCUCAAGGAGGAUGUGGCCUCUGCCAACAUCUUCAUCGGCUCGCUCAUCUUCAUUGAGGAGCUUGCCGAGAAGAUUGUGGAGGCGGUGAGCCCCCUGCGCGAGAAGCUGGACGCGUGCCUGAUCUUCCCGUCCAUGCCGGCGGUCAUGAAGCUGAACAAGCUGGGCACGUUUUCGAUGGCUCAGCUGGGCCAGUCGAAGUCGGUGUUCUCGGAGUUCAUCAAGUCUGCUCGCAAGAACAACGACAACUUCGAGGAGGGCUUGCUGAAGCUGGUGCGCACCCUGCCUAAGGUGCUGAAGUAUCUGCCCUCGGACAAGGCGCAGGACGCCAAGAACUUCGUGAACAGCCUGCAGUACUGGCUGGGCGGUAACUCGGACAACCUGGAGAACCUGCUGCUGAACACCGUCAGCAACUACGUGCCCGCUCUGAAGGGCGUGGACUUCAGCGUGGCUGAGCCCACCGCCUACCCCGAUGUGGGUAUCUGGCACCCUCUGGCCUCGGGCAUGUACGAGGACCUGAAGGAGUACCUGAACUGGUACGACACCCGCAAGGACAUGGUCUUCGCCAAGGACGCCCCCGUCAUUGGCCUGGUGCUGCAGCGCUCGCACCUGGUGACUGGCGAUGAGGGCCACUACAGCGGCGUGGUCGCUGAGCUGGAGAGCCGCGGUGCUAAGGUCAUCCCCGUCUUUGCCGGUGGCCUGGACUUCUCCGCCCCCGUCAAGAAGUUCUUCUACGACCCCCUGGGCUCUGGCCGCACGUUCGUGGACACCGUUGUGUCGCUGACCGGCUUCGCGCUGGUGGGCGGCCCCGCGCGCCAGGACGCGCCGAAGGCCAUUGAGGCGCUGAAGAACCUGAACGUGCCCUACCUGGUGUCGCUGCCGCUGGUGUUCCAGACCACUGAGGAGUGGCUGGACAGCGAGCUGGGCGUGCACCCCGUCCAGGUGGCUCUGCAGGUUGCCCUGCCCGAGCUGGAUGGUGCCAUGGAGCCCAUCGUGUUCGCUGGCCGUGACUCGAACACCGGCAAGUCGCACUCGCUGCCCGACCGCAUCGCUUCGCUGUGCGCUCGCGCCGUGAACUGGGCCAACCUGCGCAAGAAGCGCAACGCCGAGAAGAAGCUGGCCGUCACCGUGUUCAGCUUCCCCCCUGACAAGGGCAACGUCGGCACUGCCGCCUACCUGAACGUGUUCGGCUCCAUCUACCGCGUGCUGAAGAACCUGCAGCGCGAGGGCUACGACGUGGGCGCCCUGCCGCCCUCGGAGGAGGAUCUGAUCCAGUCGGUGCUGACCCAGAAGGAGGCCAAGUUCAACUCGACCGACCUGCACAUCGCCUACAAGAUGAAGGUGGACGAGUACCAGAAGCUGUGCCCUUACGCCGAGGCGCUGGAGGAGAACUGGGGCAAGCCCCCCGGCACCCUGAACACCAACGGCCAGGAGCUGCUGGUGUACGGCCGCCAGUACGGCAACGUCUUCAUCGGCGUGCAGCCCACCUUCGGCUACGAGGGCGACCCGAUGCGCCUGCUGUUCUCGAAGUCGGCCAGCCCCCACCACGGCUUCGCCGCCUACUACACCUUCCUGGAGAAGAUCUUCAAGGCCGACGCCGUGCUGCACUUCGGCACCCACGGCUCGCUGGAGUUCAUGCCCGGCAAGCAGGUCGGCAUGUCGGGUGUGUGCUACCCCGACUCGCUGAUCGGCACCAUCCCCAACCUCUACUACUACGCCGCCAACAACCCGUCUGAGGCCACCAUCGCCAAGCGCCGCUCGUACGCCAACACCAUUUCGUACCUGACGCCGCCUGCCGAGAACGCCGGCCUGUACAAGGGCCUGAAGGAGCUGAAGGAGCUGAUCAGCUCGUACCAGGGCAUGCGUGAGUCUGGCCGCGCCGAGCAGAUCUGCGCCACCAUCAUUGAGACCGCCAAGCUGUGCAACCUGGACCGCGACGUGACCCUGCCCGACGCUGACGCCAAGGACCUGACCAUGGACAUGCGCGACAGCGUUGUGGGCCAGGUGUACCGCAAGCUGAUGGAGAUUGAGUCCCGCCUGCUGCCCUGCGGCCUGCACGUGGUGGGCUGCCCGCCCACCGCCGAGGAGGCCGUGGCCACCCUGGUCAACAUCGCUGAGCUGGACCGCCCGGACAACAACCCCCCCAUCAAGGGCAUGCCCGGCAUCCUGGCCCGCGCCAUUGGUCGCGACAUCGAGUCGAUUUACAGCGGCAACAACAAGGGCGUCCUGGCUGACGUUGACCAGCUGCAGCGCAUCACCGAGGCCUCCCGCACCUGCGUGCGCGAGUUCGUGAAGGACCGCACCGGCCUGAACGGCCGCAUCGGCACCAACUGGAUCACCAACCUGCUCAAGUUCACCGGCUUCUACGUGGACCCCUGGGUGCGCGGCCUGCAGAACGGCGAGUUCGCCAGCGCCAACCGCGAGGAGCUGAUCACCCUGUUCAACUACCUGGAGUUCUGCCUGACCCAGGUGGUCAAGGACAACGAGCUGGGCGCCCUGGUAGAGGCGCUGAACGGCCAGUACGUCGAGCCCGGCCCCGGCGGUGACCCCAUCCGCAACCCCAACGUGCUGCCCACCGGCAAGAACAUCCACGCCCUGGACCCUCAGUCGAUUCCCACUCAGGCCGCGCUGAAGAGCGCCCGCCUGGUGGUGGACCGCCUGCUGGACCGCGAGCGCGACAACAACGGCGGCAAGUACCCCGAGACCAUCGCGCUGGUGCUGUGGGGCACUGACAACAUCAAGACCUACGGCGAGUCGCUGGCCCAGGUCAUGAUGAUGGUCGGUGUCAAGCCCGUGGCCGACGCCCUGGGCCGCGUGAACAAGCUGGAGGUGAUCCCUCUGGAGGAGCUGGGCCGCCCCCGCGUGGACGUGGUUGUCAACUGCUCGGGUGUGUUCCGCGACCUGUUCGUGAACCAGAUGCUGCUGCUGGACCGCGCCAUCAAGCUGGCGGCCGAGCAGGACGAGCCCGAUGAGAUGAACUUCGUGCGCAAGCACGCCAAGCAGCAGGCGGCGGAGCUGGGCCUGCAGAGCCUGCGCGACGCGGCCACCCGUGUGUUCUCCAACAGCUCGGGCUCCUACUCGUCCAACGUCAACCUGGCGGUGGAGAACAGCAGCUGGAGCGACGAGUCGCAGCUGCAGGAGAUGUACCUGAAGCGCAAGUCGUACGCCUUCAACUCGGACCGCCCCGGCGCCGGUGGCGAGAUGCAGCGCGACGUGUUCGAGACGGCCAUGAAGACCGUGGACGUGACCUUCCAGAACCUGGACUCGUCCGAGAUCUCGCUGACCGAUGUGUCGCACUACUUCGACUCCGACCCCACCAAGCUGGUGGCGUCGCUGCGCAACGACGGCCGCACCCCCAACGCCUACAUCGCCGACACCACCACCGCCAACGCGCAGGUCCGCACUCUGGGUGAGACCGUGCGCCUGGACGCCCGCACCAAGCUGCUCAACCCCAAGUGGUACGAGGGCAUGCUUGCCUCGGGCUACGAGGGCGUGCGCGAGAUCCAGAAGCGCAUGACCAACACCAUGGGCUGGUCGGCCACCUCGGGCAUGGUGGACAACUGGGUGUACGACGAGGCCAACUCGACCUUCAUCGAGGAUGCGGCCAUGGCCGAGCGCCUGAUGAACACCAACCCCAACAGCUUCCGCAAGCUGGUGGCCACCUUCCUGGAGGCCAACGGCCGCGGCUACUGGGACGCCAAGCCCGAGCAGCUGGAGCGCCUGCGCCAGCUGUACAUGGACGUGGAGGACAAGAUUGAGGGCGUCGAAUAAGCGGCCUCCCCUUCAUGGUAGCACUAGUUGGCGGGUUGUGGUUGGACUAGGCGGCUAGGGUAUAUACCUAGUAGCGGCGGCUGCGGAGUGGAGGGCUGGCGCCCAGCGCGAGGGCGUGGCCUUUCCUCCUGGACCCGAGAGCGCUCCGCGAGGAGACGGCGAGUGAGAUAGGCAGCAGCGAGCGGAGAUCGAUUUGUGAACAGUUUUGUGGCGGGAUCCCAUAGCGGAUGCAGAGAAGACCUUAGAGCAGCUUCCUCGGUGGAGUGAACGAGCCAGAGCGGAGGGAAGGCGCAUGAGGGAACUGCAGGGACUGGAACUGCGGGAGUGCAGGUCCGGUGCUAGGUCCGCUAAACAGUGCGGUCUACGCCUGUGUGUGAGGUGUGCGUGUGUGUGUGAGCUGUGCGGUUUUGUUGUGCAAAGUAGGAGUGAGCCGAGCCGCGCGUACUUUGUGGCGUGUUUGGCUGCUGGCGCUGAGAGCCAAGAGAGGGUAAACGGGUUUGGUAUUUUAUGGUGCGGGGUGAAAGCAGCCCUCGCAGGAAUGGAGCGAUUCUGCAGCAUGAUGCACGUGUGCCUGCGCGUGGAUGGUGGCUGUUGAUAUGGCUCUGCCACUCCGGCAGCACCGCUACGAUACCUAGCGGUGCCUGGAGUGGUCUCUCUGUUUGGUGCGUGAUGUUUGGGUUUGCCGUUUUGAUUCUUUGUUUCGUGCUGAAUGGCUGAGGCGGCAAGACCCCUCGUGCCAGUGUACAGAGCCUCACGGCUCCCUCGGACCCCGCGUGGGGACGUCCAUUCCCGGUGGCGGUGUCGCCUCGGCGGUGUAAAGCAAAAAAUAU